AUGAGCAAACUCCUGGUCGUCUUUGGUGCCACUGGCAAUCAAGGUGGAUCUGUUGUCAAAAAUGUCAUCAACGACCCAGUUCUCUCCAACCAAUACAAGAUUCGGGCUGUCACUCAAGAUGUCUCCAAACCAGAAGCGCAUGCUCUUCAGAAAAUGGGCAAGGUCGACGUCCAAGCCCUUGAGGGGGCUCACACUGUCUUCGCUCUCACCGUGACCAUCUAUGACAAACUACUCGAGGCACGAGAGCUAUCUCAAGGCAAGGCAAUUGCCGAUGCUGCUGUUGCGGCUGGGGCCAAAUACUUUAUCUUCAGCACUCUCUUCCACAUUGCUCGGGUUUCUGGUGGCAAAUACAACAAGGGUCGCCAUUUCGACUGCAAAGCGGAGGUUGAGGACUACAUCAGAGCGCUGCCCAUCAAGAGCGCGUUCUUCGCCCCCGGUUCCUUCAUGCAGAAUUUCAACUCGAACAUGAAACCACAUCCUGUGGGGGACGGCACUUACGCAUUGGCCAACAUUGUUGCUCCCGGCACAAAGAUGCCGCUCGUCAACAUCGAAAAGACGGGAAAAUAUGUUGCUGCCAUACUCGCCAAUCCUGAUGAGUUUGAGGGCAAGAUUCUGGCCGGGGCGACGCAGUUGUACACGAUGGAGGAAAUUGUUGGGAUUAUGAGCAAGAGCUCAAGGAAGACAGUGGUGUACAAGCAACUUCCUAAAGAUGUUUUCCGCAGCUUCCUACCACCAAACAUGGCCGACUAUCUGGUCCACAUGCUGCUCUACAUCCAGGAUUUUGGAUAUUAUGGGGCAGAAACAAAGGAACUGGUGGCACAGUCGGCUGCCAAUGCCCGAGGCACACUGACCACUCUGGAGAAAUAUUUUGUCGAGCAUCCCUUGGGUCUAGAAUGAACGGGAAAGAUGGGAAUGGCAAAAGCCCGCUGGGAAGAAAAAAGCAAACUCGGACUCAUUGGGUGAUAAUUUUUCGUGUAUCCUUGAUAUUUGCUUAAUCUAUUGUUUGCUGUCUUAUCGUUCCUUACACCCAAUAAUUUAAAAAGGGAG